AUGAUGGAAGCGUCGGAAAAUGGCAGCACCGGUCGGGGAGUGGGUGGCAGUGGUAGCAACAGCGGUGGCCACAGCUCAUCCUACGAGCCGCUGGAAGGCCGCCGCACCUUCGACAAUGCCGACAGUCCCGAUCUGGACGGGGGAGGACCGCCUAAAGAUCGGCGACGCCUCGUGUUCUUCGCCCUCAUGACGGCCGGCGUCGGCUUCGUGCUUCCCUAUAACAGCUUUAUUAUAGCCGCCGACUACUGGCAGUCCCGGUUUCCCGGUCAAUCGGUGGCACUGGACAUGUCGAUGACUUACAUCAUCGUCGCGCUGGCCACGGUACUGUUGAACAAUGUGUUUCUUACGUUGGCACCGUUCCGGGUUCGCGUAGCGUUCGGCUACGCCGUGUCCUUCACGACGCUGGUGUUUGUGGCGCUGUGCGAAGUGGCCUGGCACAUGUUUACGGCAAAAACGGCGUACUCGGUGAACCUGGCCGCCGUUUCACUCGUUGCCAUGGGCUGCACCAUCCAGCAGUCGAGCUUCUACGGGUUCGCCAGCAUGCUACCGAAGCAGUACACCCAGGCGGUGAUGGCGGGCGAAAGUUUGGCCGGCUUCCUGGUCUCUUCCAACCGGGUCGUGACGAAGCUGCUGAUCAAGAGUGACCGCGCCUCGACCGCCAUCUUUUUCCUCACCUCGACCGUGUACAUUGCGUUCAGCUACGUGCUCCACUCGAUCACGACCCACUCACCCUUUGUGCGGUACUACAUGAAGGCUUGUGCCAAAAUUGUCCUGCGACCGGACGACGAUCAGACGCUGAGUGAAACGCUCGAAGGAGGAGACCGGUACGGGGUGCUGACCCUGGAUUCCAGCCCCCCGGUUCACAUGCCACCGGGUUCUACGGCGUUAAGUUUCAGCAAUCCCGUGUACGAUCUCUCGAAUCCGACGGCCAGCAUUGAGACGGUGCUGGAGACGAACCUGACGUCCACGUCGAACGGGACACGCUCGGUAACGACCACCGCGACCGUCCCGGCCGGGUCCAGCGACGUUCCGAACGUGGCGUUCAAGGUGGAGCACGUGAUGACGCCGGACAUUUGCAGCUCUGGCCGUUUCGGUAGCUUCCGCAGUGGGCUCGAAUCGCGGUGGAAGGUGGCCCACGCCAUCUACCCGUACAUGGCGUGCAUCGCAAUGGCGUACUGCGUCACCCUGUCGCUCUACCCGGGCAUCGAGUCGGAGAUCAUUUCCUGCAACCUCGGCACCUGGAUGCCGGUGCUGCUAAUGUUCACGUUCAACGCGUCGGACGUGGCCGGGAAGCUCCUGGCGGCGGUCCCGUACUGCUGGUCCCGCCGGCAGCUCAUACUAAUGUCCGGCCUGCGGGCCCUUCUCGUGCCGCUCAUUCUGCUGUGCUGCUCGCCCCGCGAACAGCCCGUGAUUGCGGGCGAAGCGGCGGCGUUCAUCUUUACCGCGGCGCUCGGCAUCAGCAACGGGCUGGCCGGGAGCCUUCCGAUGAUGCUCGCCCCGGACAAGGUGUCGGCCACGUUGCGCGAGGUGACCGGCAACAUGAUGACACUGUCGUACAACAUCGGCCUAACGGCCGGAUCGCUCGUGGGCUACGUGUUCGAGUCGAUGCUAGGACCGCAGCUACCGAAUCCUUGCCCGCAGUACCCGUUCGUACCGCCGAAGCCCAACCAACCGGCGGGCACGAUCGGUCUGAACGCAAGCCACCCGUUUGCGACCGGAGGCACCAGCACUGGGGGUCAACCGAGCACCACCACGUCCGCGGCCACACUGGCCUCCUCCACCACCACCACCAUGGCCACCUUGCUGACGACGCUAACGGCGGCGGUGCUGCGCAGUACAGCAGUGGCGAGUAGUAACUCCCCGGACACGACCACCUCCAUAUCAUCGCUUUCCGCCGGCUCCAGCUCCACGAGCGCUUCCACGCUGCACGAUCUGCUGACCAGCACCACCACCACCGGCUCGCCGACCGCGUUCGAUGGCAACCAGCUGGCGACGAUGGCCGCCACGCUGCUCUACAACGCCACCAGCUCGCUUCUCGAUCCCUCCAUGAACCCCGAGUAAGGGUGACCCCGGCGCACGAGGACAGAUCCAAAGUAUUAGAACAAGACAUCUGAAAACUGUGAAUGUAUAUUGUACUCCUGUUACAGUAAAUCCCUGACUCUUACUCAGUAACGGCCGCUAGCGAACGCUCAGGCUCAGGCGGAUGCGGAAGUGAACACAUAAUCGCUGUGCGAACGGGAGACGCUCCAACAGGAACACAGAACGCAGCACGAUUGACGUAGCAAAAUGUCCGCUCGUUUCCGCGUGGACUGAACUCCCCUGGGACUAGAUGGACAUGGUAGAUACUAAAAGCUCAGAUUGGUGCCGGAAGGUGAAGAAGAAGCAAGGCAAGGGAUAAGAUUGAUAUUAGGAACGGAACACAGGGCACAGGGCUACAAACCGAAACAGAUGCGCAACGCGUCAAAAUACCAAAGAAACAGACAAUGGGUGUGUGUGGGUAAAGUGCAACGGACGGAGAUUUGGUUUGGCAUAAAACGCGGCAACAACUACCGGCGAGACUACCAUCCGAGGGCGCGACAACUUGUGAUCGCGCUCGUAAAACCGUAGAAAAUGUAAAAAAAU